CCACUCUCUAUAUAUAUCUCUAUUGCGAAAACCAAAGCUCUAACUUUUGCCUUCGUCAUUUCCUUCUUGCAUGUAGAUGCUAGCUCUUUGGUAGCACUAACUCGCCAGUUCGACUCAUUUGAACUCACUUUCUCCUCUAUUUCUUCUACGUUCUCAUGGCUAGUAACCCCAACGAGGCUCAUGCUGAUGAUUUCCUGGAGCAAAUCCUCGGACUGCCUAACUUUGCGCAUACUGGCACGGGCUUAGCGGGACACGACGGUGGAUUGGCUGGAACCUGUGCGGAAGCUGGAGCGCCAAUGUUUCUGCAGCUCAACUCAGCUGAUGGUGCCGGACAUCUUAGCGGAAUCGGCGGCGGUGGAGGUGGUGCCUUUCAUGGUCAGGUUUUUCCUUUGGGAUUGAGCUUGGAGCAAGGCAAAGGCGGAUUUUUGAAGCAGGAGGAAGCUUCCGGAAGCGGCAAGCUCUUCAACGACGGAGUGGUCGUUGGCAGAGCUUCUUCGGUAAAGAAUAUUUUCCAUGGCCAGCCAAUGCCAGGAACUGUCGCGGCCGCAGCACCACAUCCGCCGACCAUGCGCCCGAGAGUUCGAGCUCGAAGAGGACAGGCCACGGAUCCACACAGCAUUGCUGAGCGGUUGCGCAGAGAGAGAAUUGCUGAAAGGAUCAGGGCAUUGCAGGAACUUGUUCCUAGUGUCAACAAGACUGAUAGAGCAGCCAUGCUUGAUGAAAUUGUGGACUAUGUGAAGUUCCUAAGGCUCCAAGUCAAGGUCUUGACCAUGAGUAGGUUGGGGGGAGCUGCUGCGGUGGCACCCCUAGUGACGGACAUCCCACUAUCCUUAGUUGAGGAUGAAAGGGGAGAAGGUGGAAGAAGCCAACCAGCAUGGGAGAAGUGGUGGAAUGAUGGCACGGAGCGACAAGUGGCUAAGCUCAUGGAGGAAAAUGUUGGAGCAGCCAUGCAAUUCCUUCAAUCAAAGGCUCUUUGUAUCAUGCCUAUCUCACUGGCCAUGGCGAUUUACCACACACAACCACCGGAUACUUCUUCAUCUAUUGUUAAGCCUGAAACAGAUCCCACUUCAUAAACCAGAGAAAAGAACAAAAAUGAGAGCUGUUUUGGAAUCAAGGUCAGAUGCCAUAAGUCCUUGCCUUUUGCCUUUAUUUCCACCUUUUUGUUUGGGGUCAAAACAGCGUUUGAUGUCAAUGCCUUAAAAAAAACAAAGGCAGGCCCUUAGAUUGUCAAAGCUCACUACAUAUGCUCUUCCUUUUGGUGAAUAUAAAGGGGGUAGUGGACCAUGAUGGAAGCACUUUCCUUGUGUUGUGGCUCUGAUUUUUGGUUAGUGGGUUGUGGACCUUUUGAAAAUGCUUGUUGCAAUGGUCCAACUGAUGCUUGAUAGUGCUUUUCCAGAGUGUAAUUUGACCUACUUUUUCAAUUUC